GGUAGUGACGUUUUAUCUCAUCAAAUGGGAUAUAAAAAUGGCCAGUCGGAAGCCUAAGGACUCAGAUCACAAUCGACUUGUGAAAAUGAACUCCAAAUUCUUGCCGGUUCUCGCUCUUUUGGGCCUUUGCGCCUUUGGAAGUUCAGCAGAGUCUGAAAGUCCUUUCCCGUGGAAAUUCGGCAAGUGCCUUGUCCCGCCCGUAGUGGAAGAAUUUCAGGUCGAGAAGUUCUUCAAUGGCCACUGGUACCAACAAGCUAGCUUCGGAGACUUCCUUUUCACGGCGAACGGCGUCUGCCCGACCAGGGAAUAUCAAGUUGUUGAAGAUGAAGUCAGAGAACUUGACUACCAUUACGAACAAUGGCUGGCCAAAUACGUAACAGUUUACGGUAACAGCAAAACCAACUUCUUCAAGAAGGGCAAAGCUUACUUCCCAAUGACUUACCACCUCCUAAACGGUUUAGUACAAUACGUUGCACCCACGUACGUCGUUGCGACCGAUUAUGUCACUUGGGCUUUGGUUUACUCCUGCAAGCAAAACCUUUUCUUGAAAACCGAAAGUGCCUGGUUGAUGGCAAGGAGCAGGACCGGAUGGAAUGUCACUGCCGAAGUGAACAAGACUAUGACAGACGCCGGGUUGAAAUUGGCUGACUUCACCUUCGCCACAAACGUCGGAUGCGGCCCGAACGAACCCCAUCUCUAAGAAGAGACUUUAGAGUUUUCGUUUAUAACAACCUUAACAACUGUUUGAAAUUUGAAAAUAAAUGUUAUGGUUUUUCAAUAAAAGAUCUUCCUAUUUAAAAAUGCU